AUGGGAUUACCAGGAGGACUUCAAAAUGUAAAGCCAGCCGAUGCUGAGGUCAGCAUCGCUGUUCAGGCUAUCAAGAACGACCCAAAGCUUGCCAAGUUUGAGAACAUCGUUCCAAUCUCAUAUGCCACCCAAGUGGUGGCUGGAAUCAACUACUUUGUCAAGGCCAAAGUAGACAAUGGGUACAUCCACUUGAGGAUAUUCAAGAACCUCCAACAACAUUACUCUCUCACCUCAAUCAAGGAAGGUGUUGGUGCCGAAUGUCCACUCAAUUACUUCUAA